UGUGACUGCCAUUCAAUUUUCCCAGGUUUGAGUGAUAUAAUGUAAUUUAGGUUCACAUUCAAUACUAAAUAUAAUGAACUGAAUAACAGGCUAUUAGUUAAAAAUCACAUUUUAUAUUAUUAGCGACUAGUUUGUUCCUUUAUUAGACUAUACAAACAUUAAAUGCAAUUUACCAGUUUCAGUGUAUCUUGUGGAUCUAGCGGCUUGGAGAAAGACAGUAUGUGUCUAGAAGAAGUCCUGACUGGUGUAGGCAUAUUUAACGACUUUUGAUGAGGUAUGCACUGGUUCCUUUAAUCUAUUUAAGCUGUCAUUGUUAUGGCUUGGUCGAAGCAAGGAGAAAGAAGCUGUGGAUCUAAAUGCAGCCAGUCUUUAUUUACAAAAAUAAUCAAGAUAAUCCAAGGAAUAAGGAAAAAGCCCAAAGGAGGAAUUCAAACGUAACAACUUUAAUUUAAAACACUUAAAAAAAAAAAAAAAAAAAAUGUAGUAUUGUACAUUCAUUCCUCCCAAUUUUCAGAACUUUCCAGGUUGUCACCCUACCUAUGAUUGCUCAUUAGAGGUAGAAGUGAUGAUUCACAUAACCAGGAGUUCUUCAGUGUGGCAGAUAGUUUGGUUACUUCACAUUAGCCCACAUAAGUUAAACAUUCAUAUUCUUCUGAUAGCUGAAAUCAUGGGGGCCCCCUGAAAGCCAGGGACCUCAAGAAUCAUCACCACCUUUCUCCCCUGUAGCAAUGACUCUGCCUGUCCUAUUAGUUCAUUGGCUACAUUCAAAAUCAUUCAUCCAUAUUAAUUAUGUCUAUAAAAAUGCAAAUACAGUAUCAGGUCAUUUGCAUUGGUAGGUGCAGAGGAGUCUUUGGGAUGCUUCUCUUUUUUUACACACUCCUGCUUUUCCACCACCUUCAAACAAUGGUGGAAAACACACUUUGCAGAAUAAUGGGAGAAACUAAGUACCCGCUGCUUUCCAGGGAUGGAGAAGUAACUAUUGGAGGAAUUUUUGCAGUUCACAGUAAACUAACAUCAUCUUCAUUCGAGUUUACACAAAAACCUCAGCCUCUAUCAUGUUCUAGUGUAAAUAUAAGAGAUUUCCGGAUGGCUCAAAUCAUGAUUUUUGCAAUUGAGGAAAUUAACAGAAGUGAGACUUUGCUCCCAAAUGUUUCUGUUGGCUACCAAAUUUAUGAUAACUGUGGUUCAAGACUGUUUUCUAUGAAUUCAACCAUGGCAUUGCUGAAUGGUCAUGAGUUUGCAGCAGAAGGCAGAUGCAAUGGACAAUCAAUUAUUCAUGCUAUCAUAGGAGAAUCAGAAUCUUCUGCCACAGUGAUUCUGUCCAGAACUACAGGACCUUUUAAAAUUCCAGUGAUAAGUCAGUCAGCCACAUGUGAAUGUCUCAGUAAUAGGAAAGAUUACCCUUCUUUCUUCAGGACUAUUGCUAGUGAUUACCACCAGAGCAGAGCACUCGCAUACAUAAUCAAGCACUUUGGCUGGUCUUGGGUAGGAGCUGUGAACACCGACAAUGACUAUGGAAACUAUGGAAUGGCCAUAUUUCUGAAAAUAGCCCAGGAGGAGGGAAUUUGUGUGGAGUACUCUGUGAAAUUCUACCGAACAGAGACUGAAAAACUCAAAAAAGUGGUAGACAUAAUAAAACAAGGCACUGCAAAAGUGAUCAUUGCAUUUCUUACCAGUUUUGAGAUGAGCAAUCUCCUUGAGCAGCUAAGUAUUCAGAACAUUACAGGCCUCCAAAUGAUUGGUGUGGAAGCAUGGAUAACUGCAAAGAGUUUGAUCAUUACAAAAAGUUUUAAUUUUCUGGGAGGGUCAUUGGGGUUUGCAGUCAGAAAAAUCAAUGUUGAAGGGUUUUCAGAUUAUGUUAUAAAUGCAUUCUGGGAUACAGCUUUUCCAUGCUCACAGAUUGAGGGGAAUUCUUCUCAAUAUGCAUUAAAUUGCAGCAUAUAUCAGGAUCUACUCGAGCUGAAAACCUACAAUGAAGAUGUGCCAGAACAAAGAUAUGCAAGCAAUGUCUACAAAGCAGUUUAUGCUGUGGCUCAUUCACUACACAAUAUACUAAAAUGUAGAGAACAAAAAGGUUGUGAAAAAGGCCUGAGAAUACAACCACAGGAGGUGGUUGAGGCUCUGAAAAGUGUAAAUUUCACCGUAAAAUUUGGAGAUCAUGUGUGGUUUGACAACACUGGAGGCGUAGUAGCCCAGUAUGAAAUUGUGAACUGGCAGCAGAAGUCUGAUGGAUCAGUCCAAUUUAAACCAGUGGGAUACUAUGAUGCCUCACUACCUCCUGACCAACGCAUUGUACUUAACACUGAAAACAUAAUAUGGGCUGGAGGACAGCUGGAGAAGCCAAGGUCUAUGUGCAGUGAGAGCUGUCCUCCAGGCACUAGGAAGGCUGCACAGAAAGGAAGACCUGUCUGCUGUUAUGACUGUAUUCCAUGUGCAGACGGAGAAAUCAGUAAUGAGACAGAUUCAAAUAACUGCAAGCAGUGUCCAGGUGAAUACUGGUCUAAUGCUGAGAAAAAUAAAUGUGUGUUAAAGGAUGUAGAGUUUCUGUCAUUUACAGAAGUUAUGGGUAUUGUGCUAGUCUUUUUCUCACUGUUUGGAGUAGGAUUAACUGUGUUGGUGGCCAUUCUGUUUUACAGCAAGAAGGACACCCCAAUAGUAAAAGCCAACAACUCAGAGCUGAGCUUCCUGCUGCUCUUCUCAUUGACUCUGUGUUUCCUCUGUUCACUUACUUUCAUUGGUCAGCCCACUGAGUGGUCCUGUAUGUUGCGUCACACAGCGUUUGGGAUCACUUUUGUCCUCUGUAUCUCCUGUGUUCUGGGGAAAACAAUAGUGGUGUUAAUGGCCUUCAAGGCUACACUUCCAGGAAGUAAUGUCAUGAAAUGGUUUGGACCUUCACAACAACGACUCAGUGUUCUUGCCUUUACACUUGUACAGGUUAUUAUCUGUGUGCUUUGGCUAACAAUAUCUCCCCCAUUUCCCUAUAAAAAUAUGAAAUAUUAUAAGGAAAAGAUCAUUCUUGAGUGCAGUCUUGGUUCGAUUAUAGGUUUCUCUACUGUUCUUGGUUAUAUUGGCCUACUGGCUUUCUUGUGCUUCAUUUUGGCUUUUCUGGCUCGCACACUGCCUGAUAAUUUCAAUGAAGCUAAAUUCAUCACAUUUAGCAUUCUAAUAUUCUGUGCUGUAUGGAUCACAUUUAUCCCAGCUUAUGUCAGUUCUCCUGGAAAGUUUACUGUAGCUGUUGAGAUAUUUGCCAUUUUAGCAUCAAGUUUUGGUUUACUGUUAUGCAUAUUUGCACCUAAAUGUCAUAUCAUCUUGUUUAAGCCUGAAAAAAACACAAAGCAGCAUAUGAUGGGGAAAGUACCAUCUAAGUCAUAUUAAGAAAUGAAAUAGCUAUUUAAAAAAAAAAAAUAAAUAACAGUUAAACUAAACAAUUGAGUAUCCUGCAGCUAUAAAGUGAUAUCCAUAGACAGAAGAGAAAAAGCAAAGAUCACAUUGCUCAAAGUUUUGAUUUAUGCAGAAAAAAAGAAGGUUGACCAUAUGAGUACAUCAUUUAAUUUGUACAUGAUGUCCCCAGUUUGACCCAGACAUACAUUAUGAGCAAACUCAAUUGCAUUAGAGGAGUAAGAAAGGGUCUGUGAUUUUUAUUUUUGGGUAAUUGCUGUUUUUCUAUUUACACUAUUUAAAGUCAGCAUCUUUAUUUCCCUAUUAUGAAAUGAAACAUCUUCCCGAUCUAGAAAAAAAAUGUGAUAAGACAAGAUUUUGUCCAUCAGAAACUGAUAGGAUUGUUGUUUGGUAAUUGCUGGAGGGGAUGGAUUAUUGUCCAGCUUUGAAACUGGUGCACACAUCAUAGGGAAAUGGAAAGUUAAUGUUAGGGCACUUUUUUGUUGUUGUUGUUGUUGUUGUUGUUUUUUUUUUUAAUAAUGAUGUACAUGGAUAAAUCAUUUAUAAUAAACAUUGUAUUAAAAAAAAAAAAAAAAAAAAAAAAAAUUUUGAUUUCAUGGUGACUUUAAAGAAAACAUGAAACAGAUACCUGUAGUAUGACAAUCCUGUGUAAAAAAAGAAGAUAUUUUCCCAGUACAGUACAAAUUCUGCUGUCAAAUAAUGGAGACAACAUUCUCUUUCACAUUAAAUUUAAUAAUUAUUCAUGUCUCAUCUAAAGAAAAACAGGAACCAGGAACUAAUGGCAUGUCUUCUAGAGGUCGCUAACCAUGGCUUUAACAUCCAGAUAAACACUU